UCUAAUAUCAUCAUCUACAUCUCACAACACUAACCAGCUUGAUCUGUUCUUCACAACUUUCUUUUUCUUUGCUCAUAUAUCAUUCUCAUAAAAAAUCAUGGGUCUCCAGAAGCACGAACAAGAAAUUACCUCCUCUCUGUCAGCAGAAAAAAUAUUCAAUGGAUUGAUCGUUGAUGUUGAUAACAUUUUCCCCAAGGCCGCUCCGGGAGCUUACAAAAAUGUCGAAAUCAAAGGUGAUGGUGGAGUUGGAACCAUCAAACACAUCACUCUUCCUGAUGGAAGCCCAAUCACAACAAUGACCCUUAGAACUGAUGCCCUUGACAAGGAGGCAUGCACAGUCCAAUACAGCAUCAUCGAUGGGGACGUUCUGUUGGGACUCAUUGACAAAAUUGAAACUCAUCUUGUCGUUGUGCCAAAUGCCGAUGGAGGCAGCACCACCAAGACGACGACCAUAUUCCACACCAAAGGUGAUGCUGUGGUCCCAGAAGAGAACAUUAAGUAUUCCGAGGAGCAGAACAUAUCCGUAUUCAAGGCUAUUGAGGCUUAUCUCAUUGCAAAUUAAUCAC